UCCUUCGGCGGCACUCGAUGACGUAGCAUCCUUGAAAUAUUGGCUUGGAAGUCAGCAGGGCGUCAAAGGACAGCGCGGCCCCAGCCCAGGCGGCCAGCCCGGAUUUACUGGCCACAAAGGGGACAGAGGAAGCUCAGGACUUCCAGGUCAAGAAGGCAGACCUGGUUUCCCAGGCAACAAGGGUCCUCAAGGGCUGCCAGGCGUAGGGGGUCCAAGUUAUUUUGACAGUUUUCUGAUUGCCAAACACAGCCAGAACACCAGCAUCCCGGACUGCCCUUAUGGCACUACCUUCAUCUAUUCUGGUUACUCUUUCCUCUUCAUCAACGGAAAUGAGAGAGCUCAUGGUCAGGACCUUGGCACCACAGGAAGCUGUCUACCUCGUUUCUCCACCAUGCCCUUCCUGUUCUGUGACACCGAAUCAACUUGCCGCUAUGCUUCUCGUAACGACUACUCCUACUGGCUGUCCACUGACGCUGCUUUGCCCGCCAACAUGGUUUCCAUCACAGGGGAUAGACUGGCCUCCUAUAUCAGCAGGUGCUCAGUGUGUGAAAGCACAUCCAAUGUCAUAGCCGUCCACAGCCAGACAAUUCUGAUACCCGAAUGUCCCAGAGACUGGGAGUCACUAUGGACAGGAUACUCAUUUGUCAUGCAAACGGGAGCAGGAGCAGAUGGCUCCUCCCAGCCGCUGGUUUCUCCUGGCUCGUGUCUGGAAAGUUUCCGCCAAGUUCCCUUCAUAGAGUGUCACGGCAGGGGAACGUGUAACUACUACCCUGACUCCUAUAGCUACUGGCUGGCCUCAAUAGACCCAAACAGCAUGUUCAGUAAACCUGUUCCUCAAACAGUGAAGGGACCGUCUCUACAAAGUGUCAUCAGCCGUUGUCGAGUCUGUAGGAAACCAUGGCAACCAACAGAUGACAAACGUGGGGACAAUUAACAUUCGCUAUCUUACUUUUCAAGUAACACAUCUCUGUUUAUGAUUCUGAAUUAAACACCAAUCUUAAGCAAAUUUCAAAUAAUUUUUAAAGAUGAGUGUUUUAUCAUCUCUAAAGUAGUGUAUAUUAGAAUUAUUGCGUGUCAUGAUACCUUGUAGAAACUGUUUUUCCACCUGUUUAUAAUUAUUCCUUUGAUAAACAUAAGAGCAGCUUGUAAUAGCAGUGAUUAAGUUAUAACUUGUUGUUAAUGUAUUAGUAAUACUAGUAGCAGAGCAGCACUAAUUCAUCUUUUAUGUGUGUUUAUUCUCACCGAAAUAUUCAGUUUUACUUUAAAUGCUUGUUUUGACUUCUCAGUGACAUAAUGAAUAGUCACCAUCUGCGUCCGAGACAAGCCUAGAAUGACUGAGAAAUGAUUGACCUGUCUAUACUGUACGUAAAACGUAUGAUGACAUCGGAGACGUGUGGCGCAGUGGAUAGAACAGGUUCAAACCCCAUUGCAGUCAGCAUGUCGUUGUGUCCCUGGGCAAGACACU